AAAAUAACAUGGCUUUAGCGAUGAAGAGAUCAUUAGAAGAAUUAUUUCUUGAACAAGGGUGUGAUUGGAAUCCAAAAGAGUUUACAAAUGCUGCGAUAACAAAAAGACUAUGUUUGGAUGAUAAUCCCGUUGAAAAUG